GCCCAUCAGGCUUAUACACGCUAUCGGUUCUCCUUUUCAGGGAAGAGCAGUUACUUGGUGUCUAGAGGAACUAUUGCAAACAUGGUGCUGAAAGCUGUUUGUGUGUUGAAAGGAGCCGGAGAGACCAGCGGGACAGUAUAUUUUGAACAGGAGAGCGAAUCAACUCCUGUAAAGCUGACUGGAGAAAUCAGUGGCCUUACCCCUGGUGAGCAUGGCUUUCAUGUCCAUGCUUUUGGUGAUAACACAAAUGGGUGCAUCAGUGCAGGGCCCCACUACAAUCCCCACAACAAGAACCAUGCAGGUCCUAAUGAUGCAGAAAGACACGUUGGUGAUUUGGGGAAUGUGACUGCAGGAGCAGAUAACGUUGCUAAGAUAAACAUCACAGACAGUGUUGUCACACUUGCAGGCCCAUACUCCAUAAUUGGCAGAACCAUGGUGAUCCAUGAGAAAGCAGAUGAUCUGGGAAAAGGAGGAAAUGAAGAAAGCCUGAAGACUGGUAAUGCUGGUGGACGGCUGGCCUGUGGGGUCAUUGGCAUCACUCAGUAAAUCCACCAAAACCCGGAGCACUGGAAACAGUUUUUCCUCACAGCACUUAAUGAGACCAACAUAGCUACUUAGUAACAUCUUGUCCUUUUCAGUCUCUGGCUGUUUUAUUUGCAAGGCAUUGUUGUAACUAAGCAAAUUCCCUGUCUGUUCAUUAAGAGAAUAGUCUGUGUGGGUUUAUAAUGUCUGCUUAUUAGCCUUGGUCCCAAAGAAUUGGUAACGCACAAAUAGUUUGUAAAUGUAUACUACAAAAUGAAUAAAUGUAUACUACAAAA